CACACACACGCACACGAAGAGAGGCGCGGAGUCGUUACGAGUCAAGUGUCACCCGCAAUCAGCCCUUCAAAUGGGGUGGAUCUCGGAAUGCUCAGCAGCGGGGAUGAAGACGCGCGCGGAACCGGCGCCGUUAUAGUAGGGUAGAGCGCGCGCUGGAGGAGGGAGUGAGAUACGGAGCGUGUGUUUUUUCUCCUGCGGAUCUCGGUCAUCAGCAGCUCGGAGAUGAAGCGGCGGAAGGUGGUCGUAGCGGCCGGUUUCUGCCUCUCCUUUUUCCUCGGCACGCUCCUCAAUCUGCUGUCCGUGCCAGCCUUCGAGCACCAGCAGCAGCAGCUCGGAAAACAGCAGCAGCUCGACUCGAGUCUCGAGCCCCCCGCCGCGGUCACCAGCGCCCCCGCGCUGCUGCACUCCCUGCGGCAGCAGAUUCGCUCGCGGCUCCGCGAGGCUCUCCGCUACGGGCCGUUUCCCGAACGCGGCACGCGGCCACUCGAGCGCAGGCGCCUGAUGGACCUGCAGCGCGCACGCGACGAGGAGCGAGAGCACGGGGGCGCGAGCGCGGGGCAGCUCGGCUGUAGCAGCGUGGAGGCGGCGAGGGACGUCCGCUUCGUGGGAUCGGGAUACACCAAGGCCGUGUACCGCGCCGCGCUGAACGGCAGCUUCGCCGUGGCGCUGAAAUCCGUGGACUUCGGCGGACACGACAUGGAGGAGUGCGUGAGGCGGUACGGCUCCGCCGCGGACUGUUACCGACUCGCCUCCGUUAAACUGGUGAAGGAGAUGGCGCUGAUGGAGAGACUGCGGCACCCCAACAUCCUCAAGCUGUACGGCUACUGCUACCAGGACAGCAACGAUAUAAAGGACACAGUGACGGCCAUCACGGAGCUGGGCAGCCCUCUGGAGAUGAUCCAGUUGCUGCAGACACCCUGGGAGGAGAGAUUCAGGAUCUGUCUGAGUCUGGUGCGGUUGCUGCAUUAUCUGGCCCAUUCGCCCCUGGGAUCUCUCACGCUGCUGGACUUCAGGCCCAGGCAGUUUGUGCUUGUGGACGGUGAGCUGAAGGUGACGGACCUGGACGAUGCUAGUGUGGAGGAGACCCCCUGCUCCACCUCAGCAGACUGCCUGCUGGAGUUCCCUGCCCGCAACUUCACCCUGCAGUGCAGCAGUGGACGCUGCCAGGGCAUCAACGAGAAGAGGAACCUCUACAAUGCCUACAGAUUCUUCUUCACCUACCUGUUGCCUCACAGUGCCCCCCAAGCCCUGAGACCUCUUCUCGAAAAGAUUGUCAACUCUACAGGGGAGCUGCUCUGGGGUACGGAGGAGACCCUGGCUCACCUAGAGAAGGCGCUGGACAUAUACAGGAAUGGGCAGUACCUCAUCAACGAGACACAGACACACAAAACAGAAUAUAAACGGGUGUUGGACGCCUCAAUAGCCGGAGACAACUACCGCUGCUGGCCGUCAUAUCAGCACGACGGGUGCAUGCUGGCUGUGUAUGAUGUCCGCGAGGCCAUGGGGGUGUGCGAGAGCCACGCCCAGUGCAGAGCAUUUGUCCUGACCAAUCAGAGCACUUGGACAGGACACCAGCUUGUGCUCUUCAAGACGGGCUCGGCCGGCUUGUCGUCGGCUAAAGGGAAGCUAACCUACGUCAGACUGGGCAGCUGAGAGAGACAGAGACAGAGAGAGAGAGAAUGGACCCUCAUCAGUGUCUCUCAUAUUUAUCGGCUGCAAUGGGACUGAGUUGCAGUGAAUAUCAUGAAGGUGCGGAUAAGUCAUCGCUGUGUUCCUCUGUCCAUCCGUCUGCCUGUCCGGUCAUCCAUUUCUCUGAAUGAAGAGGAAUUGCUGAGGGGGAAGAUGACUGCUCAGAGCUCCACCAGAGUGCAUUAUCAGUAUCAUCUGUCUUCAGCUUGGCCCCCUCUUCUGAGGCUCUGAACGUCGAGAUGAAUGAGAAACCUGGCUCAGUACUGAAGCUGGAGUCUGGGCUGUAUGACUGUGUUGGAACUGCAUUGGGCUGCACAAAAUAACGGAUGUUAAUUGUUAAUUUACAUUUACAAAAAUGUAUAGUACAACAUGAAAAUGAGCAACCAAUCUCAGGCCAUUCUAGGGAUGUGCAGAUGCAUUGUGUCCAAGGUAAAGAUGAUCAGAUUAAAUUGUUGUAGUUUUCCCAGUUUUCCACCAAAUGUAGCUGUUUAGGCAGAAAGGAUGCACCAAUUUUAAAACUGAGACAAUGCUGAUAUCUGACGUUUUCACAAUUAAUUUUUAGUAUUAAGAAAUGGCGGUUAAAUUAUCAUUACAGAGAAAUAGAUUGGUAGUAUUUAUAGUAGUUUAUCCCAUGAUUUUGCUAUGUCCUCUUGAAGCUAAAAAAUGCAGUACUGAAGUAGGAUAUAUGUGUAGGUCUUCCUGCAUUGGAUAUGGCUGUGAUUUUAGACAGAGUCACUUGUAUCUGUUCACAUGGACAACCCAAGCCAGACACGGCCAGUCACAAUCAAUACCAGACAGUACAAUGUCCACUGUGUGUGGAAAUGUAUGAUAUGACAGAUUCCUAGUAAAACAUAUGACACGGUGGACCAUGAAAUGUUAAAUGCCCACACAGCUUCAAUUUCAAGAAAUGGAUUGUUCCAUCAUCCUGACACCCACUGUCAGGCUUCACUCCAACUCAACUCAACAAUUAAUUUCAGCUAGCCAUGAGUAUGCUAGCCUGUGUUUACCCUCACCCACAAGAUAACACCUCACAACUUUUACAGGUGUGAGCUUUUACACAGGCUGUAUAAUCAGUUUAAGCACUGCACUGCUAUCCCAUCAGUGUAUCAAAUCGUUUUUGAAGCAAACAUCUUCAAAAUCUCAUAUGAUUCUGCCUUUGUUUUGCAUCUAAAACGUUUUAAAGGUUUUUUUUAUGAAAGUACAUUCAGAAACAGGGUAUUUCUCUCCAUAUUGUUCAACCUUAGUGUUGCACCUUUAGCAGACGUCCUCACAUCCAACAACUCAGUCACCAGACAUCAUCAGGUCUCCCCCUAACUCUUCUUCUCCUUCCUCCCUUCUUCCUGUCCUCCUCCCCAUUUCCCUUAUUGCAUCCUUUCUCAAUGCCACGUCAAGUUCCAUCCGCACAGCGCUGGUGUGUCUGAUACAGCCCAUAUCUGCAGAUGUGUUCAAUCUCCUUCCUUGUCUUUUGUUCAAACCCUCCCUCCCUCCAUUCCUGCUCCUCAUUUUCCUUUCUUGUUUUUCGGUUUUCAGCACUUUUUUUCUCGAGUCUAACAGGGUCUUUAUUCUCGUGCUGAGCUUUAUAAAAGCUUUCACUUUGAUUCCAAAUGGUUGAAAGGGUUUAUUUGUUUGUGCAGAACAAAGUUAUGGUACUGUUUAGGGACAGGAUUAUUAGGACUCAAGAACAGAGCAACAGGAACAGCUACGAAAGAGUUCAUACCAAGAGAUGGAAGCUGAAAUGUGUUUUUUUUUUAUGAAAAUGAUACUUUUGUUGACCAAAUGUAAUGAACAGUGUAAAAUGUGGAAUCUGUUUCAUCUUACGCUGAGUGGAGAUCCAAGCUUUCACUACAGUGAUGAACAAGGUGAAUUUCUCAGUUUAUGAAUUUCCCAAGGAAAUGUGAAGCUUUUACUUGACAGGUGAAGGAUUAAAUGGUUCUCUGCUUUCAAGGAAAGCAAUGAAAUGAAAGUUGAAAUGUACAUGGCUUUUGGUUUUUAUGAUGAUAUAUGUGUAUAUAAUGACAAUGCUGAUGAAAGCAAUAUUUUUGUAUGAAAAUAUAAAAGUCUUAUGACUGUA